CUUCCAAUGUAUCCAAGAAUGUCGGCUGAUAUUCAGGUGCCCUCUUAAAUAAAUGAAAUAAUGUGAUGCGUUUAUCAACAAAGUCUCUUUAAGAGGCUUAGGGAGUGGAGUUCAUAGGAAUUGAACCAAAGACCCUUUGAUUAGAAGGCAAGCAUCUUAACCACUAAGCUAUUCAACUCCACCUGAAAACCAUACUCACAAAAUAUUGCUGAAUGAUACUGUAAAUAUUGCUUCAAUUUAGGCCUAAUUGUUUACCAAGUCGGUUGCCACAUCAGCACACCAUGCUCACCACACUUCUGAAUCUAUUAAUACAUAACCUAUUAGCCUACUACUACUCUAAUGUUAUCAAAAAACUGCUAAGUCAUGCUGAGAGGGCGUACAUUAUAUAACCUGAAAGCAUUUGUAUGGUAAUCCAGUGUAUCUGUUCACAAUUACGAUGAAGAUGUCUGAAGGUGUCUGUCAGGAGCCAAAGAAGGGUUUGUUGGAGUUGUUGGCAGAGAGGCCAGUGAUAGGGGAUGGAAGUUAUGCUAUUACUCUGGAGAAGAGAGGCUAUGUGACGGCUGGAUCCUGGACCCCCGAAGCAGUCAUCAAAUACCCUGAAGCCGUAAAGCAAUUACAUAAGGAUUUUAUUCGUGCCGGAUCUGAUGUUAUCCAGGCCUAUUCUUUUUAUGGAACAGAUGAUAAACUGUCCUAUACAACAAAAAUGGGGAAGAAAAUUGUCUACACAAGUGAUGAUGUUAAUGAAGCCGCCUGCAACAUAGCAUUUGAAGCGGCUGGCAACAGCAUACUUGUAUGUGGUGGAUUGUCCCCGACUCCAGCCUACACCGAGGGCAAGGGUAAGGAGUUUGUGCAGGCCGAAUUUCGCAAACAAAUUGAUAUUUACAAGAGGAGAAACGUUGAUUUCCUGCUUGCGGAAUUUUUUGCUCACAUAGAAGAAGCUGAAUGGGCGUUGGAGGUCAUGAAGGAAAUGACCGUUCCGCUUGCCUGCACAUUACGAAUUGGUCCAGUGGGAGAUAGUGCAGGUGUGUCUGUGGAAGAAUGCACACUAAGAAUGGCAAAAGCAGGUGCCGAUGUAAUAGGAACCAAUUGUAUGUAUGAUCCAACGAUUGCAUUAAAAACAAUGAAAAUGAUGAAAGAAACAGUUGAUAAAAAUGGCUUGAAUGUAUUCUUGAUGACGCAGCCUGUAGGCUACCACACCCAGGAAAUUGAGGAAGAUAAAAGGGGCUACUUUGCCCUUCCAGAGUUUCCCUUUGCAAUGGAAACUCGUUUAUUGAAUCGUAUUGACGCUCACAAAUUUGCACGUGAAGCUUUUGACCUUGGCGUCCGUUACCUUGGUGGUUGCUGUGGCUUUGAGCCAUACCAUAUUAGAGCAUUAGCUGAAGAACUAGCAGAGGAAAGAGGGUUUCGUCCCCCAGGUAGCGACAUGCAUGAAGGAUUUGAUGCACUCAAAUUAAGCAUAUCGUCUGAUCAAUGGAAACGGUAAUAUAUAUGUUUUUCAUAUAAAU